AUGCUCAUAUUUUCAUGCAUGCGAGGAGGCGCAUUUGCGACAUGCGAGGAGGCACAUUCGCGACAUGCGAGGAGACACAUUCGCGACACGCGAGGAGGCACAUUCGCGACACGCGAGGAGGCACAUUCGCGACACGCGAGAAGGCACAUUCGCGACACGCGAGGAGGCACAUUCGCGACAUGCGAGGAGGCACAUUCGCGACAUGCGAGGAGACACAUUCGCGACAUGCGAGGGAGCACUCUCGUGGAAGCACCUCCUUCCCCCCCCACGCCUACCUACUUCCCCUCGUCCCCAACCCCUCGUCCCCUACCCCUCGUCCCCUCCCCCUCGUCUUUUUCCCCUCAUCCCCUUCCCCUCAUCUUUUUCCCCUCGUCCCCUUCCCCUCGUCUUUUUCCCCUCGUCCCCUUCCCCUCGUCUUUUUCCCCUCGUCCCCUUUCCCUCGUUGCCUUCCUCUCUUGCAAAAUCGUGCACGUGGGAGGCAGCUCCAGCCGCUUGGUGUCGCCGUGGGGCUUUGCAAUGAAGGACUGGAAGGCGCCCAAGGUGCUGCCCGGCGACUUUCUAGUGUUCCAGUGGAACGGCGAGGUACACUCGGUGCACAAGGUUAGCGCGGCGGAUUAUGCUGCAUGCACGUUUCUCAACGCGAAGCAGCUUGCGCGCAGCCGCAACUACGGGAAUUACUGGUACAAAGUGAACUGGAGGGAGUACGGCAAAACCAUCUACUUCAGCAGCAAAGCCAACAAUGACUCCUUCGUGAUCAUGGUGCGCCCAACCAUUCAUUUGUGGUUCCUCCUUGCCACACUCGUUAUCCUCGUCGGCGGCGCCGAGGCGCAGAAAGUGGUGUACGUGGGGGGCAACAACGGCAGAUGGCUGUCUCCUUGGGGCUUCGGGAUGAAGGACUGGAAGGCGCCCAAGGUGCUGCCAGGCGACCUGCUAGUGUUUCAGUGGGUGGGCGAGGUACACUCGGUUUACAAGGUUGACGUGGCAGAUUAUACAGCAUGCACGUUUCUGAAUGCCAAGGUGCUCGCGCGCAAUCGCAACUACGGAAAGUACAUCUACAAGGUGGUGCCCAAAGACUACGGCAAUACCAUAUAUUUCAGCAGCAAAGCCAACAAUGACUGUAGCGAUGGGAUCAAGGCGUCUUUUGUUGUUGGGUCUUGUGUAGGCAACAUGGAUUGCACGGACCCGAAGGAGGUAGCGUCACGCCUCGGGAAUAUUGCGUUCGGCAAUGUUAUCGCAGCAGCGGCACGCGAUCUUAAGAAAGAAAAAGAGUUGUCACAGAAGAAUGCUUCCGCAACUGUAGAGGAUGAUUUUGAUCUCGACGACCUUGCGGAUGACCCUGAGCUUGAAAAGCUACAUGCCGAACGGUUACAAUCCAUGAUGGCCGAGUCGCGGAAGCGCGAAAACCUAAGAAAGAAGGGGCACGGGGAGUACCGGGAGAUCACGGAGGAAGAGUUUCUACCAGAGGUUAAGUCAAGCGACCGCGUCAUAUGCCACUUUUAUCACUCCGAGUUCCCUCGUUGCAAGAUCGUUGACAAGCAUCUGGCCAUUAUGGCGCCAAAACAUCUGGAGGCCAAGUUUCUAAAGGUCGACGCAGAGAAAUGCCCUUUCUUUGUGUCCAGAUUAAACAUCAAAGUUCUACCAUGCAUAAUUCUAUUCAGGGAUGCUGUCGCUUUUCAUAGAAUAGUAGGGUUUGAGGCCUUCCGGAAUCGUGACAACUUUUCAACAUCCGAGCUGGAGAAUUAUCUAAUUAAGCAAGAGAUCUUGGAGAUAAAGGAAGACGAGGAUGCUGAAGAAGAGGAUGAAAAUAAGGGAAGAAGUAUACGAGCAUCUGCUCUUUCAAGUGGCUAUGAAUAG